AUGGAGGGUAUGAACACAGUGUUUUACAGUGUCUUACAAGGGGACGGGGUGGUCGAGCGAGCUAACACGAAUUCACAUCACCGAACAUACCCUAGCCUUCGAAAUGGCCUGACAGCCUCGACGAAGCCCCCCUUCCUGCUGGGGUCUAAGGAUGAAGUCCUACCCAGCUUCAGCCCUUUCGCUGCCCCCAUAUUCCCACCCGCUCCUGUUAUAGACAUGAACGCUACUCAAGCUUUGCUCAACAUGGUCAGGACACACCAGCAGGGAACCCAGCUGGACAGCUACCUGAAGGGAUCCGGUAAGCGGGAGGCGGCGAACGCUCCCCUGGAUCUAUCUGCAUCUGCACCGCCUCCGGCCAAGCGGUCGAGGAAGACCCUCUCGGAGUCGCUGUACGGCACCGAUGUCUUGCCGCUACUGCGGGCUGCCACGCCACGGCCCAAGAGGCCGUCACCACGCAAGAAGUGCGCCUCGCUCUGCGCCGACAAACCUUGCGCCCCGGACUCGCAGUCUGUUUCGCACUGGACGGUCGAGGACGUAGCGGCAUUCGUGUCGUCGCUGGACAUGUGCGCCGAAUACGCUCCGAAAGACCCAUCAGAGAGAGGCACCUAUCUAUUAAUGAAUAGCUGCGUAAGAUUUGUUAUUGGUGCCCCGAGGUACUCCCAUGUCUCUCACCAUUACACUGAGUUAAGGUGGCUCUACCCCUCCUUCCGAAGACAAUACUUUCUAGGUACGUUCCUCUACCAAAUCAUCAACAACCAUCGUCCUUCUUACGCCUACAACCUUCUCCAUUUCAAAUCCGCAGUCCAUUCCCUGUCCACAAGAUCUCGAUCUUCUGACCUUUACAUGCCUUCUCACAGAUCUGCCUCAUUCCAAAAUUCCUUUAUUGUUCGCUCUGUCAAUUUCUGGAAUUCCCUCCCUAUCAAAAUUCGACAUUCCUCCUCCAUAUCCACAUUCAAAUCCCUCCUAUUCCAAUUCCUAUCACAAAAACAGUCAGAUACUUGCUAACCAUUCGAGCGGAUUUUAAUAGAGAAUUUGAUAUAUUUUUAUUUUUUAAUUCUUUAUUUUUUUCAGAAAAGUGUAUACUGGUCUAAAUAGCUUUAAGUUUCUUGUCAUAGUAUUAAUGGUUU